ACUCGCCCGUGUUCCCACCACUUUGACUAGACACCUCAUGUCGGCCCAGCAGACCAACGCGACCCCUGGGCCGUCUUACCAGUCUCAGGCUCACCCUGUUGCAAACUCAGGCGCUGAACGAGUCAACGCCGACCAUCUUUACCAACAGCAGCUACAGUACCAAAUACACAGCUACCAACAGCAGCAGAUGGCAACAUUACGAGCAACUCAGGCUCAAUAUCUGCCGCGGCUGCAUUCAUACGCACAAGCCCAUCAAUCUGUCCAGGCUCAGCAGGGUUCCGGAAUCCCUCAGUCGUUAUCUGCACCUCACGUCCCGCCGCAGCGCUCUGCGACGCACCCGUCCAUCACCAUUCCUUCAAACGUUAUCGAUCUGACCCAGCCUGGUGCAUCGACACCCCCGAGCACCGACGCGUCGCGGCACACUCCGACUGCACCAUUGUCCGUUACAUCAUCGCGUCCGAACUCUGCUAUCCACCCGCGUUCGGUAUCGUCAACGUACCCACAAUCUCCUUCCACACCAUUCCAGCCCACACAGCAAUCCUACACUGCGCCACCCGCGCCAAGACAGGGUUGGCAACAACAUGGUCAACCGUCACCGAAUUACUACGUUCAGCAAGCACCACCAGCUGCCGUGGGCACGUCUAGCGCACGACAUCCGUCGCAAGCGUCGCAGCCUGCCUACCAGAACCAAUCUUCGCCUAUACAUCCUCAACCGCAACAGCAGCCUUUGCGGCCUCAGCCACCGACACAGUCUCAUCCACAGCCACACUCUCAUUUCCCGGUUCCCCCUCAACAACCCCAAACCCAGGCUCACGUUCAGCCACACCCUCAGCAACAAACACAAGAGACAUCUCAGCAGCCAGAUCCGCGUGCUCGUCCGGCCUCGACACACGCCCUAACGCACGCGCAAAGUGUACUACAGCAGAGUGCGGGUUACUUGGAGUACGCAUACCGCAGUGGAGUAGUAUCCGUCGCGCGCGAGUUUGACAUGCUGAAUGAAAAAAUGACUACCCUGACGGCUGAACACACGCGGCUUGCGGCAGAAAACACUCGGCUCACGGACCUCAAUAGGGGAGCAGAGGAGGAGCGCGUCUUCCUCCGCCAGGAACGCGCGCGUCUGCUUGAAGAGCUCGCGAAGGUGCAACAGCCUGAGCAGCAGGACAUCGGUGAAGCCAAGGAGAUCGCAAAGCGCCUACUCACUAUGUGCAGAAUGUACGAGGCCGCGCUGCAGCAAGCUAGGGUGGAAACCGAGAAGCUAAGAGAAGUGAAUGCGCUGAUGGCGAGGCAAUUGUAUAGCUCAAAUGCCCCAGGGGCCGAGGUGGCGGAUGCAGAUGCGGCGAUUGUCAGAGUUGGAGGAUUGAGUGUACCUAAAGGCCUGGUGGACGCCGUGAAGCAGACAAUUGUGCAGCAGUACGAAGCGAAACUCGCGCAAGGUGCGUGCACUGUAUCAUCUGGCGCUCUCCUGUCCUGAUAAGCCCCGAAUAGCAUUGGCGGACCAAGCCUCAGAGCGCCAGAAGCUCGUGCAGCGAUCGACCCUGCUUGAAUCACUGCUCCACGUCGUGCGUACAGCGCAAGUCGCAUAUCGUCACACUGACCCACCGUGCAGCAGGAGAAGGAUUCGCCCGCCGUGCAACCGGCACCUAUACCGUCGACCUCGGCCCAGGCUGCCAUCGCCGUACCUUCGCGACCAUCGUCAGAUACUCCUGUAACCCGGCCAGCAUCGACGCCUUUUGCGCUCCCUGUGUCGCUCAGCCGCCAGCGCACGCCGCCGCGCUCUGCAUCCGAGCAACCCUCGUCACAGCGCGCCGCGGAGACGAACGCAAGCGUGCUCUCGAUUCCGACUCCACCGCGCACAGCGACCCCGCUCGAGGCGCCCGAAGAGUCCGCUGUUACGCGUGAGCCCACAGUCAAGCCCGAGCCUGCGGAGGAGCCUCGCUGGCCCUGGACACUAGGUGAAGUCGUUGACCUCACGACGCUGGACAGUCCGCCGCCCCUGCAGUCUCUCGAGUUCGAGCUCGGGGCACUCGAGGUGCAGCUGAAUCGCGAGCUGACGGAGGUGCCGGAGGACGCGGAGGGCGAGAGGAAAAGGUGCAUGUCGAGUGCGCCCGAGGAUGAGGACGGUGUAAGGAAGCGAGCGCGACUCGAAGACGACGCUAGAGGUGGUGGUGGGGAAGACGAGGCUGUGACACCCCAACAGGGCCGUGCAUCUCAGGCUGCGGCAGCCGUGCAAGACACGACUCGGCAAGUCGCAGCGGACCCUGGACCGACCAUGGAAGAUCUACCGCCGGCCAUCACAACACUUGAACUCUCUACAGACAAUCACCUUUCUCACGGCCCUUCCAAAACACCGAAUCCGCCCCAAACGUCGGGUGCCGCCGCAAGUUCGGAGCCGCCACCCGAUUCUGCGGGCGCAGCUCAUAUAUCAACUGCCCUCGAUCUUGUACAUCCGUCUGAGACACCCGAGGGGCUUUCCAGCACGCUACCGUCCGAUCCGCAGGCAUGGCAAACUGAUGCUGAGCCUGUCCAAACCAAUGCCGAUGUCGCCAGUUCAAAUCCUCCAGCGCAGCCUGAAGAUGCCGCUGCCCCGCCUGUCAAGGCUGAACCCGUAGACAUUGUUCUACCCCGAAAACGACUUGGCAUCCGCCAUCUCGACCUGGUAUACCACACGUCCAAGACAGAGAUGACGUGUCGCAUGUGCUUGUACGUGUCCUUCUUUCCCUA